AUGGCGACUCCUGUAACGCUAACCGAUUUCAGUAAGAUCCCUUCUAUGCCGGGAGUUACACCAAUGACACCGGAUCAAUCGAAAGGUGGGUUUUGGUCUUCAAACCCUUUAUCCAGUUUCUUCUUUGAGACCUAUAAAACCGUGGCCUCUCACAGACAAUCGCUAGCACUAGUCAACCCUGGUACUGUAGAGAAUUUAAAUAAAGAAGUUUCUCGUGAUGUUUUUUUAUCACAGUAUUUUUUCACUGGUCUAAGAGCUGAUUUGAAUAAGGCUUUUUCAUUGAAUCCAGCAUUCCAAACGUCUCAUACUUUCUCCAUUGGUUCGAAUGCAUUGCCAAACUAUGCAUUCUCAGCUUUAUUUGCUGACGAUAACUUGUUCGUGCAAGGUAAUCUGGAUAACGAGUUUUCUCUAUCUGGUAGAGUAAACUAUGGAUGGAAUAAGAAUAACAUUUCCAAAGUCAACUUACAACUUGCUAAAGGCCAACCUGCUAUGUGUCAACUAGAACAAGAUUAUCAGGGUUCAGAUUAUUCUAUAAACCUAAAAUCAUUAAAUCCAUCCGUAAGUCCAGAAGGUCUUUUUAACGGUGUUGCCGUCGGGUCUUUAUUGCAAAGUAUUACACCGCAAUUGUCACUUGGUUUGGAAGUGUUAUACUCCAGAGGACAAGGAUCUGGAGCAGCAGAUGCUGGCGUAUCUUAUUUGACUCGUUAUGUCUCAAAGAAGCAAGAUUGGAUUUUUUCGGGUCAAAUGCAAGCUAAUGGUGCAUUGAUUGCUUCUUUUUGGAGAAAAGUGACUCCAAGUGUUGAAGCGGGUAUUGAAACCACUUUACAAGCCGGUAUGGUACCAAUUACUGAUCCUGUUGUGGGAACUCCAAUUGGCAUUCAACCUGUUGUAGAAGGUUCAACAACUAUUGGUGCUAAAUAUGAGUAUAGGCAAUCUGUUUAUCGUGGUUCAAUCGAUUCUACAGGUAAAGUCGCAUGCUUUUUGGAAAGAAAAAUUCUACCAACUUUAUCAGUUUUAUUCUGUGGUGAAAUUGACCACUUUAAGCAAGAAAGUAAAUUGGGUUGCGGUUUACAAUUUGAAACUGCAGGUAAUGAAGAAUUGUUAAUGAUGCAACAAGGUUUGGAUGUUAAUGGUAACCCAUUACAGCUCCCACCUCAAGUGUAA